AUGGACCUUUCCACGACUGAUGGUGUUGUCGCUGUCGCUGCUCCUGCUCUACUGCAGUCCCCCCUCCACUGCCAGCAAGUCCAGCGACAGCGCUCCUCGGUCUCCGAGCCCCAUCAUCGAGAAGAACGACUCUCACUCUGCCACCCCGACUCUGCCACCGAUCUCAAGCCUCAGGCCUCCGCUCCGAUCAUCACUCAUCUACUCCGAGCUCGAGCUCGCGUUCUCCUUCCGCGUCCUUCCGAGCCCCACCUCGUCCCUCCGCGCCUCUCCGCACUCCUCGGUCCUCAAUCACCGCAGUCGCUGUACAGUGCACUCCGCCUCCGCCUCAGUGGCUCAAUCGCUCAAGCACCCGUGUCUCGCACCCCGCCGGGCAACGUAACGUUGCAACGUCAUCGUCAUCGCCCGUUCCGCGCCCUGCGUUUCACUCCCGAGACCGUGCACUCGAUGCAUACCUAUACAGCAUCAGGAUACCCCAUCCCACCGCAGGCUCUCCACACUCCGCAGCGUCGGCGCGUCACACAGCGUUGUAACAGUAUAGUACUACUGUAUUCCGCCCUUCGCCUCGCCUCACCUCGCCCAGGUCAUCGUCAUCGACCCUUGGAAACCCCACGUUUUUCCGCCCCCUUGUAG